UAGCAAGGAGAACGCCGCCGUUAACCACCUCCAAAUCGCCGAUCUCCCCUCCUCUUCCUCUUCUUGCCCUCGUGCUAUUCUGAAACCCUAACCGAUCCCCGCGUUCCCCCCUCCCAACAAUUCUAUCCUAUUUCCUCUUUUUGCCUCUCGGGCACUCUGGUUCGCCCCCCUGGUCCCGUUUCUUGAUCCCGUCUUCGCGUGGCAUUGGCGCCGGCGUGGUCGUAGGCCGACGGAGACCUCGAAUUUGGAUCGGACGGGCGGAGCCACGGCCGCCGGUGGCGGCGCCGGCGGAUGGCGCUCUUCAGGAGGCUCUUCUACCGGAAGCCGCCCGAUCGGCUUCUGGAAAUUACCGAGAGGGUCUACGUGUUCGAUUGUUGCUUUUCUUCGGAUAUUAUGGAAGAAGAUGAUUACAGGAAGUACAUGGAUGACAUUGUUACUCAACUUCAUGAGCAUUUCCCUGAUGCUUCAUUUUUGGUAAUCAACUUCAAGGGUGAAGUCGAGAGCAAAAUUUCAGAUAUCUUGGCCCAAUAUGGCAUCACUGUCAGGGGGUACCCUCGCCAUUAUGAAGGGUGUCCAGUGCUUCCUUUGGAGAUAAUUCACCACUUCUUGAGGUUAUGUGAGAACUGGCUAACUUUGGAAAGGCAGCAAAAUGUCUUGCUAAUGCAUUGUGAGAGAGGAGGAUGGCCUAUUCUUGCAUUUAUGCUUGCAAGUCUUCUGCUUUACAGGAAACAUUACAGCGGGGAACAAAGGACUCUGGAAAUGGUGUAUAAGCAGGCUCCGAAGGAGCUCCUUCAGAUUUUGUGUCCGUUGAACCCACAAUCUUCGCAUCUUAGAUAUCUCCAAUACAUAACUAGAAUAGGCAGUGAGACAUGGCCUCCGCAGGAUACUCCUUUCACAUUGGAUUGCCUAAUUCUGAGAGUUAUUCCGAAUAUUGAUGGAGAAGGGGGUUGCAGGCCUAUAGUACGUGUCUAUGGUCAAGACCCUCUGUUCCCAGCUGACAGGAGUUCUAAGGUUCUUUUCUCGACAGCAAAGACAAAGAAACAUGUUCAGCAUUUCAGACAGGCCGAGGAUGCACCGAUAAAAUUAAAUGUCCGCUGCUGUGUUCAAGGUGAUCUGGUCCUUGAAUGCAUCAAUGUGGAUGAGUAUCUGGAAGAUGAGGAGCUAAUGUUCAGGGUAAUGUUCAACACGGCCUUUAUACAGUCUCAUAUUUUGCUGUUGAAUCCUGAGGAUAUUGACAUUCCUUGGGAAGCUGAAGACCGCUUCUCGAAGGACUUCAAAGCAGAGGUACUCUUUUCAGAGUUUGAUGCUGAGUCUGAUACUUCCACGGGAACAGGAGCAACGGAUGAGGUUGAGAUGGAAGUUGGCUCAACAGAGGAGUUCUUCGAGGCAGAAGAGAUCUUCAGCAGCCCUGACUGGCAUGAUGGACAGAAGGAUCUCGAUAUUCAGACAGCUGUAUUUUCAAACACACUAGAAACUUUCAGUCCAAGAUCUGAAAUGUCAAAUCCUGAAGCUGAUGGACGGAGCCAGUUAGAAUCUUUUUAUUCUGAACAUGUGACUCUUGUGGAUGAAGAAACUCUGGUUCUAGAUUUACUUACAGGGGUAAGCAUGGACUUAGACCAUGCUGAUCAUGAAAAUAACCCUGGUGUAAAGGCAUUGAACACUCUGGAUGAUAUGUUUAAUGAAGCAAAGAGCACGACUUUGGCAGGUGAAGAGAGUACAUCAGACAACUCCAAACAGGAUACUACUGACAACAUUAGUCUAGCAGUUGAAGAGAUAACCUCAUCAGCGAGUAGCAGUUUUGAACAGGAUAGAGUAUGGCAAAGGGCAAUAUUGACUUCAGAUCAUGUGGCUCAUGAAUUAGGGGUCUCAUUUUUGGCAGAUGACCAAAUGAGCAGCCGAAGUGUUAGAGAUUCAAUAGAGGAUACAGGGAAUAAUUCAGAUGAAGUUAGGUGCAAAGUAGAAAUGUGUGAUGUCACAAAUAAUACAAGAAACUUUGCCACUGAAAAUAGGACAGAUUCUGGGUUAGCAUAUCAGAGGUUGGAUUCUGAUAUUGAAGGCCAGAAUUCUGAGAAGCUCAAGCAUCAUAUGUCAAAUGAAGCACUUACAGUCGACAUUGGACAAUCUCCUUUCUCAGUUUUAUACAAAGAGAAGGAUGAAAAGCCGGAGCCAUUAGGCAAUUCCAUAGAAUUAUUAAACAAAAGGACAAUAUCUCAGUCAUUCCAUCCAAGCCGAGGCAUCGAUGCAAUUUUGGUGGAUGCAUCAUCUCAACCUGAAAUUCAAUUUGCAGGAAAAACUGUAAGUACAUCCAGAGUUACUGCUACAAGUAUGACAAUAACUGGUUCGUCUCCAUCAGAACCAUUGUCACCACCUUCAAUUGAGGCACUUCUUGAGGCAUCAUCUACUCCAUGUACAGGUCCUCUUUUUGUUUCAAUACAACCAUCCAACUCACCCACUCUUUCGGUUGCUUCACCUCUUUCAUCCACACCUCCACCUCCACCUCUGCCUCCACCUCCAUCUUCACCACAUAUAUAUUCACGAAUUAGGAGAAAAGUCCCUCCCCAUCCAUCAUUGCUUGCCUCCUAUGGAGCCUUGUCAUUUGCUCUAUCUCGACCUUUACAAAUACAUGAUGUAUUCCAAAAUCCUGACCAACAUCUUGGUCCUCAAAUGAUAUGUGAUUCUGUUGCCAUAAGUGCUACUUCAUCUUCACAUUUACCUCACCAACCUCCAUCCAUGCAACUAGACUCUUUGUUGUUGCCUCCUUUGUUACCUUCUCAAGGCCAAUCACUCCCUUCACCUCAUCAUCUGUCUCAUUCAUCGCCACCUACAGCUAUAAUACCAUCCUCCAACUAUCCCCUAGAACUUUCCCCUCCCCUUGCUUCAAGGACUCUUUUUCCACCAUCCCCUCAUUCUAGUAACACCAUAUAUGACCCUUCAUAUCUCUCGUCAACAGAGCCUGAAAGUGGAUUAAACAAAAUCUCUGAUCCUUCUCCCCCUACCUCACUUCCUUCCUCAUCUCCUCCUGGACAAAAUGUUGACAUAUUCAUUUCUCCUCUGUCAAAUUUAUCCACAAAAAAGGAUCCAUUUGAUCCACCACCAGUAGCUGCUUCACCACCACCAAAUACAAUUUGGCAUAACAUACCAAUGUUUGCUAACAUUACACUGUCUGAUCCACCUUUUACUCAUGGAGGUCCCUCACCAACAUGUUCACUCCAUGAUGCAAGCAAGGAAGUUCUAGCAGCAUCACAAGAUUUUGCAUCAUAUUCAUGUUCUCUACAACUAUCACCAUCUAAGGCUAUAUGUAAAGGCGUUCCACCUCCAUCUCCACCUCCUCCCCCUCAUCCGACAACUCCACCUAGACCUCAACAUCCACCUCCUCCACCACCUCCAUUAGGCCUCCCUGAACCACAUACAAGAGCAACACCUCUAACUUUAUCCCCACCUCCACCUCCAACAAAUUCCCACAGAGCACAUAUAAGAGUUCCUCCUCCACCUCCACCUCCACCUCCAUUGUUCCCUCCAACUCUAAGAGAUCUCCCUAAAGGACAUAUAAGAUCUCCAUCAUCCUCUUAUCUGGAAGUUGACAAAAGCUCAUUGAUUUUACCAACAUCUCUACCUCCUCAAGCAGAUGAACAUGGAAUUGCUCCAAAUCCAAAACCAUUCACUAUAGUACAUGAAACAACCACACCUGCAACCUCUUCUCCCAUGGAACAUAUAAUGUCUCCUCCACCACCUCAAGGAGCCUCACUUCGAUUGCCAUUAAUUGGAGAAAAUGGGAAGGCUCCACCGCCACCAUCUUUUCUUGAAAAUUUUGGGCAAUCUCCACCUCCACCAUCUCUUCCUGGAAGUUAUGAACGACCUCCACCUCCGCCACCUCCACCACCUCCCCUUCGAUGUUGUGGAGGAGCAUCUUUGCCACCUUUACUUGGAGAUACUAGUGAAGCACCAUCUUCACUAUCAUUCGUUGGAGCAUUCGAGAAAGCUCAAAGCCCACCACUUCACCCAAAAGAUCAUAUGCAAGAUCCACCUCCAGAACCACCCCCUCCGCCGCCUCCCCCAGGAGGAGGUCUAUUUGCUCCUUCACCUCUAUUGCUUCACCUUAAAGGAGGUCAGGGAGGCAUAUCCAUUCCUCUACUUUCGGCACCUCAUCUUGGAGGACACCAUGUAGGUGUACCUAUUCCACCUCCACCACCUCCCCUUAGAGAUGUGAUCUCUCCACCUUUACUAUCACACCAUAGAGUUGUAUAUGCUCCUCUAUCUACCCGCGGAGGUGUAUCAACUGAUUCGUCUUCUCCCAUGGUUCAGAGAGGUGUAUCAGCUCCUCCACCUUCGUCGUCUCCCUCUGGAGUUGUAUCUUGUCCUCCACCUCCACCCCCACUUCCAAGUCCACCUCCUAGUGAUGUAUUCAUUUCACCUUCACAGCCUCCUUCUAGAGUUGUAUCUAUUUCUCCACUAUCGUCGCCUCCCUUUGGAGUUGUACAUGCUCAUCCUCCGCCCCCUCCACCCCCUCCACCGCCUUUGGCCCCACCUCCACCACAUUUAAUCCCACCUCCUAUUGAUGUAUUUAUUUCACCUCCGCAGCCCCCUUCUCAAUUUGUAUCUAUUCCAUUGCUGUCGCCUUCCACUGGAGUUGUACAUGCUCAUCCUCCACCACUUUCACCUCCACCGCCUCCAUCUGGAGUUGUAGUUGCUCAUCCUCCACCACCUCCACCUCCACCUCUGUCGCCUCCCUUCAAAGUUCUAGUUGCUCAUGUUCCAUCACUGCCACCUCUAUCGCCUCCCUUUGGAGUUAUAGUUGCUCAUCCUCCACCACCUUCACCUCCAACUCCACCACCUCCACCUCUACCUCCACCUCCACCUCCAUUGCCAUCCUUUGGAGUUGUAUCUCCUCUGUCGCCAUCCUCUGGAGUUGUAUCUCCUCCUUCACUGUGGCCUCCCCUUGGAGGAGCCAUGUCUACUCCUCCGCUGCCACCGCCUCCUCCUAAAGGAGUUGUGUUUGCUCCUCCUAUGUCGCCUCCCUCUAGAGCAAGUGUAUCCACUCCUCCGCUGCCUCCCCUUGGAAGUGUAUCCACUCCUCCACCUUCACUGCCUCCUCUCGGAGGAGAUGUAUCUACACCUCCACCUCUGCCUCCGCCUCCACCUCCAUCGCCUUCCCUUGGAGCAAAUGUAUGUACCCCUCCACCUCCAUCUCCACCUCCAUCGCCUUCCCCUGGAGCAAAUGUAUCUACCCCUCUACCUCCACCUCCACCUCCGCCUCUGCCUCCACCUCCAUCGCCUUCCCCUGGAGCAAAUGUAUCUACCCCUCCACCUCCACCUCCACCUCCGCCUCUGCCUCCACCUCCGCCUCCACCUCCAUCGCCUUCCCUUGGAGCAAAUGUAUGUUACCCUCCACCUCCGCCUCCGCCUCUGCCUCCACCUCCAUCGCCUUCCCUUGGAGCAAAUGUAUGUUACCCUCCACCUCCACCUCCACCUCCACCUCCGCCUCCGCCUCCACCUCCAUCGCCUUCCCUUAGAGCAAAUGUAUGUUACCCUCCACCUCCACCUCCAUCUCCACCUCCACCGCCUUCCCUUAGAGCAAAUGUAUCUACCCCUCCACCUCUACCUCCACCUCCACCUCCACCUCCGCCACCAUUGUCUCCUUAUGAAGGAGGUGUAUUUGGUCCACCUACAACACCUCCUCCUAGAGGAGGUGUAUUCGCACCACCACCUCCACCACCUCCCAUUGGAGGAGGUGUAUUUGCACCACCCCCUCCACUGCCUCCCCUUGGAGAAGGUGUAGUCGCAUCGCCACCUCCACCGCCUCCCCCUGGAGGAGGUGUAGUCGCACCGCCACCUCCACCGCCUCCCGCUGGAGGAGGUGUAGUCGCACCGCCACCUCCACCGCCUCCCCUUGGAGGGGGCGUAUUUGUGCAACCACCACCUCCUCCGCCUACCCCCGGAGGAGGUGUAUUCAUGACACCACCUCCACCGCCUCCCCCUGGAGGAGGUGUAUUUGCUCCACCUCCACUUCCUCCUCCCGGAGGAGGUGGGCAAGCUCCACCUCCACCACCUCCCCCUGGAGGUGUAUUUGCUCCACCUCCGCCACCUCUCCCCGGAGGCUGUGGGCAAGCUCCACCUCCUCCACCUCCUCCUGGAGGAGCUGUGUCUACUCCUCCACCUCCACCUAGGGCUCCUGGUGCUCCACCCCCACCAAGGGCUCCAGGUGCUCCACCUCCACCUGGGGCUCCAGGUGCUCCUCCGCCUCCUCAAGCUGGCAUAAGAGGCUUACCUCCAAAUUCCAUGGCUGGGGGAAGGGGAAACAUGCUUGCACGUCCUGGAGGACCAGGUAUGUCAGCAGCCCGAAGGUCACCAUUUAAGCCAUUGCAUUGGGUGAAAGUAUCAAGAGCCAUGCAAGGAAGCUUAUGGGCCGAGUUACAGAAACAUGCUGACGCUCACAGCACUUCAGAAUUUGAUGUGUCAGAACUUGAAAGUCUCUUCUCUGCAGUAGUUCCAAAGUCAAAGGAUAGCUCAAAAUCUGAUGGCCGACAAAAAUCUGCUGGAUCUAAAUCUGAUAAAGUUCACCUGAUCGAACUAAGGCGAGCCAAUAAUACUGAAAUCAUGCUGACAAAAAUCAAGAUGCCACUGUCUGAUAUGAUGAGUGCUGUUCUUGCGUUGGAUGAUUCACUUCUUGAUGCUGAUCAAGUAGAAAACUUGAUAAAGUUUUGUCCCACCAAAGAGGAAAUGGAACUUCUUAAGGGCUACAGUGGCAACAAGGAAAACCUUGGGAAAUGUGAGCAGUUCUUUUUGGAGUUGAUGAAAGUACCACGGGUUGAAUCCAAACUACGGGUAUUUGCAUUCAAGAUUCAGUUCAACUCACAGAUUUCAGAUAUUAGAAAGAUUUUGCACACUGUAGAUUCUGCUUGUGAAGAGGUCCGGGGCUCUGAGAAAUUAAAGGAAAUAAUGAAGAAGAUUCUGCAUCUUGGAAAUACACUAAACCAGGGAACUGCAAGAGGUUCUGCUGUCGGUUUUCGUUUGGAUAGCCUUCUUAAACUUUCAGAUACUCGUGCGACUAAUAACAGGAUGACCUUGAUGCAUUACUUAUGUAAGGUCCUUGCUGAGAAGUCAGCACAUCUUUUGGACUUUCAUGAGGAUCUUGUCAGUUUGGAAGCUGCAUCAAAGAUACAACUGAAGUCAAUGGCUGAAGAGCAGCAAGCCAUCGUCAAAGGGUUAGAGAAGGUUGAAUUGGAACUAACUGCUUCAGAAAGUGAUGGUCCAGUAUCAGAAAUCUUUUGCAAAACUUUGAAGGAGUUCACUGCUGUUUCUGGUGCAGAAGUGCGAUCCUUGACAUCACUUUAUAAUGCAGUCGGUAAAAAUGCAGAUUCACUUGCAAUGUAUUUUGGUGAAGAUCCUGCACGCUGCCCCUUUGAACAAGUGGUCUCUACUCUUCUUAAUUUUGUGCGGAUAUUCCGAAAGGCACACGAUGAGAACCGCAAGCAGGCCGAACUUGAGAAGAAGAAAGCCCAGAAAGAGGCCGAAACAGAGAAGUCCAAAGAGGCAAACAUAGCAAAAAAUGUUUCUAGAUGACAUCUAGUUUGCCUGCCCUUGCAUGACUUAUCACCUUGUGCUUGGGAUACAUGCUGUUUUGGCCAGCAACCAAGCAUUUGUGCAGAUAACUUGCGCAACUGCUUCAGAAUUUGCACCACUCUUGUACGAGGAAACUGAAUUGCACCGCACCUACGGGGAAACAAAGUGGUAUGUCUCAGGCAAUGGGCAAUUGUUUGGCAUUCUGGCUAAUGGAGCCUCAAAUUUUGUAUCUGUAACCUUUGUACAGAGCUAACCCGACAGCUCACAUGAUUCUUUUUGUACAGUUCCUAUUAGAUUUUCUUUUUUAAACUUAGGUAGAUAUGAGAGUAGAUCAGAAACUGUUGUACAAUGAGGAUGAAAGAGAAGCAAAA